UCUUCCAGCUUCGGGUCUGUGUCAGCUUGGCACUGCAGCCCGGGCCGCCAUGACGCUGCGUGUGGCCGCGUUCGACCUUGACGGAGUGCUGGCCCUCCCCUCUGUCGUCGGGGCUCUCCGCCGCGCCGAGGAGGCCUUGGCACUGCCUAGAGACUUCCCGCUUGGUGCUUUCCAGACAGAAUUCCCAGAUGGACCCACUGAACAACUCAUGAAAGGGAAGAUUACAUUUUCCCAGUGGGUACCACUCAUGAAUGAAAGCUACAGGAAGUCCUCCAAAGCCCAUGGAGCCAAUCUACCUGAGAAUUUCUCCAUAAGUCAAAUAUUCAGCCAAGCCAUGGCAGCAAGAAGCAUCAACCGCCCCAUGCUUCAGGCAGCCGUUGCUCUCAAGAAGAAAGGAUUCACAACGUGCAUUGUCACCAACAACUGGCUGGACGACAGUGACAAGAGAGACAGCCUGGCCCAGAUGAUGUGCGAGCUGAGCCAACACUUUGACUUCCUGAUUGAGUCCUGUCAGGUCGGGAUGAUCAAGCCUGAGCCUCAGAUCUACAAGUAUCUACUGGAUACCCUGAAGGCAAAACCCAGUGAGGUUGUUUUCCUAGAUGACUUUGGAAGUAAUCUAAAGCCAGCCCGUGACAUGGGGAUGGUUACCAUCCUGGUCCGCAACACAGCCUCGGCCCUGAGAGAACUGGAGAAGGUCACAGGGACACAGUUUCCUGAGGCCCCUCUGCCAGUCCCGUGCAAUCCAAAUGACAUCAGCCAUGGGUAUGUGACAGUGAAGCCUGGGACCCGCCUGCACUUUGUGGAGAUGGGCUCUGGCCCUGCCAUAUGCCUCUGCCAUGGGUUUCCUGAGAGCUGGUUUUCUUGGAGGUACCAGAUCCCUGCUCUGGCCCAGGCGGGCUUUCGUGUUCUGGCUAUAGACAUGAAAGGCUAUGGAGAUUCGUCUUCUCCUCCUGAAAUAGAAGAAUAUGCCAUGGAAUUGCUGUGUAAGGAGAUGGUGACUUUCCUGAAUAAGCUGGGAAUCCCUCAAGCAGUGUUCAUUGGCCAUGACUGGGCUGGCGUGCUGGUGUGGAACAUGGCUCUCUUCUACCCUGAGAGAGUGAGGGCCGUGGCCAGUUUGAACACUCCAUUUACACCACCAGAUCCUGAUGUGUCUCCCAUGAAAGUUAUCAGAUCUGUCCCAGUUUUCAAUUACCAGCUGUACUUUCAAGAACCAGGAGUGGCUGAGGCUGAAUUGGAGAAGAACAUGAGUCGGACUUUCAAAAGCUUCUUCCGAGCCAAUGAUGAGAUGUUAUUCUUGGCUAACCAUGAUCCAAUAACGUCAAAGAGCAAAUUCUACAAGGGUUUCCUCACUGUGCAUAAAGCCACUGAAAUGGGGGGAAUCCUUGUGAAUACUCCAGAAGAACCCACGAUCAGCAAGAUUACUACUGAGGAAGAAAUAGAGUUUUAUGUACAGCAGUUCAAGAAGUCUGGCUUCAGAGGUCCUCUGAACUGGUAUCGGAACACAGAAAGAAACUGGAAGUGGAACUGUAAGGGGUUGGGUCGAAAGAUCCUGGUCCCAGCCCUGAUGGUCACAGCUGAGAAGGAUUUUGUACUCCGUCCUGAAAUGUCCAAGAACAUGGAAAAGUGGAUCCCAUUCCUGAAAAGGGGACACAUUGAAGACUGUGGUCACUGGACACAGAUAGAGAAACCCACUGAGGUGAACCAGAUUCUCAUCAAGUGGCUGCAGACUGAAGUCCAGAACCCAUCAGUGACCUCCAAGAUUUAGCCCAUGGCAUGUCCUCUGCUGGGGACACAUUUUAGUUUCUGGAAUGCGACCUUAUCCACAGCCAGCAGCAUUGUUCUUUUGCCAGCCAGUGAUUUUCUUUGAAAUGAAAAUGAUCAGAUGUGAUGUAAUUUUAGAUCCAGAAGAGAGUGUGUGUCUAAUUCUUUUGAGGAUGACUGUAUCAUCAGAGAAGAGCUCACACCCCAAUAGGAAGGUGUGGGGUAGCCCAGUUUGUACCUUUGCAGCCAAACCCAAGCCUGCUCUUUUUGAAGCAGCUGAUCGGAGAGUAGGGACCUUCAUUCAAUAAAACUAAGACCUCGGUGCUCCAA